CUCCAAAUUAAAAUAUGGAUCAAGAAGCUCUUCUCGUCGGAAGACCUAUCUCGUAUCGCAGUAUUCCGACCAUAUCUUGUAUUCUUGCAAGUCAGGCGUUGGAGAAACUUGCAUGUUUUGGAUUGGUACCGAACAUGAUACUCUUCCUGACGGUGGAAUACGGCAUGGGAACGGCGGAAGCGGCCAAUGUCCUCUUCCUAUGGUCUGCCGCCACCAAUUUCUUCCCUCUUGUUGGUGCUUUUAUUGCUGAUUCUUACACGGGCCGGUUUCCUCUGAUCGGGUUUGGAUCAUCCCUCAGCCUUCUGGGGAUGAUUUUGUUAUGGUUGACAACAAUAAUUCGACCAGAAUGCGAUAAAUCAACACACGUGUGCCAACCCACCACAGUGCUCCAACUUUUUCUCCUAUAUUCGUUUUUUGUCCUCACCGCCAUAGGUGCCGGGGGAGUCAGGUCCUCCUGCUUGGCCUUCGCCGCCGACCAGCUCCAAUCCAACCACACAUCAUCACGUGCCGCCACGUCAGCCCUAGAAACCCUCUUCAACUGGUACUACUUCUCCGUCAUGCUCGCUUGCUUUCUUUCUCAGUCGUUGCUGGUCUUCGUUCAGACGACGUUUGGGUGGCAGAUCGGUUUUGGAGUCUCUGUCGCUGCCAUGGCUCUAUCCGUCGCUUUGUUCUUCGCGGCGUCUCCCUACUAUGUAAGGAUUAAUAACCCGAAGCAAGUCUUAACUCUAACAGGGAAAUCAAGCAAUCAAUGGCAGCUAUGUAGCGUUCAACAAGUAGAAGAGCUUAAAUCUCUCAUCAGUGUCUUACCCAUCUGGUCAACGGGAAUCAUCUUGUCACUUGUCACGGGUUGCCAAGUCUCUUUCAUAGUCCUUCAAGCCAAGGCCAUGGAUCGCCGCACCUUCAUUCAGGGUUUCCAGAUUCCUGCAGGCUCUUAUGGCAUUUUCUUGGUCAUCUCCUUCGUGCUCUUCCUUGUUCUUUACGAUCUUGUUAUCGUCCCGUUAGUUUCUUGGGCUCUAAGAGAGCCGUUCCGAUUGGGAGUUAUGGUGAGAAUGGGAGCUGGUUAUGUAAUAUCGGUUGUGUGCAUCUCCACUCUUGCGGCUGUGGAGCACGACAGGCAAAAAACCUCUAGAGACGAGGGAGAUACGAUGUUAUCGGCGAUGUGGCUAUUACCGUACAUGAUACUAGGAGGCAUUUCGGAAGCACUUAAUACGAUAGCACAGAACGAGUUCUUCUACUCUGAGCUUCCCAAAUCCAUGUCAAGCGUCGCCACCACACUCUCCAGCCUCGGCAUGUCAGCCGCAAGCCUCAUCUCAUCUUGGAUCAUUACCAUCGUAGACGUCGCCACGUGUGGGAGCUGGAUCACAGAGAACAUAGACGAGGGACACUUAGACUAUUACUACUGGCUCUUUGUGGGAUUAUCUGUGCUCAAUGUUGUGUAUUUUGUGUGGUGUGCCAAAUCUUAUGGUAAAUGUAAUAUAUAA